UUUUUUUGAAACCGUCAUUUCCGUGGUGACCAAACUCACGCCCCAGCAUGGACGACCGUAUCAAGCGAUUAGCCCCGAGCAUCACCAUUAGCGAAUGCCCGUCGGAAGUGUUUUGCACGCGAUUUUCCCCCGAUGGCGCACUGCUGGCGGCAGGAUGCGGCGAUGGUGCCAUCCGCAUCUUUAACGUGCAAAACGGCACACUCGCGUAUACCCUCAUGCAACCGCAUCACAACUUUGGCUUUGGCAUGCCAUGUACCGCGAUUCGGUUCCGGCCGCUCACGAGUGCGUCCAAGACCAAGAACGUGCUACUUGCCGUGAAUUCCAAUGGAUCGGUGGAGCAUUGGCACAUCACGUCCGGAAAGUGCCUGCAUGCCAUCACCGACGACACGAAUCAAUUGUACGCGUUGGACUACCGCCCCGACGGCGCCAUGUUUGCCACGUCAGGGAAAGAUCAUGUGAUUCGUGUGUACGACGAAGCCACCAAGACCGAAGUGAUCUCCAUGAAGGGCGGACAUGGGACGCUUACCGCCGGACAUUCCAACCGCGUGUUCAGUGUCAAGUAUCAUCCGUUAGACGAGAACACCAUCGUGUCGGGCGGAUGGGACAACACGAUCCAGAUCUGGGAUACCCGCGUGGGCCAUUCUGUCCGCGGCAUCUACGGACCGCACAUCGCAGGUGACGCCAUCGACAUCAAUGCCAAGAACGAAAUUUUGACCGGGUCGUGGCGCCCCGAGAAUCCCCUGGAGUUGUGGGACUAUGGCUCGGGCAAGCGCUUCUGCACGAUUCCGUGGAACCAAAGCGCGUUGAAGGGAGAGCCAUGUUUCCUCUAUGCCGCUCAAUUCACCAAGGACCCACGGACCAACUUGAUUGCCGCGGGAGGGAGCGGGUCGAACGAAGGCAAAGUGUUUAGCCAUGUCUCGAACAAGCUGAUUGGAACGGUCGCGGGCCUUAGUCGUGGUGUGUUUACUCUGGACUUUUCCCCUGCCGGUGACAAACUGGCACUGGCUGGUGCGGAUGCUGCCAUUCGCAUCAUUGACAUCUACGAUUACGUGCCGGGCGACAAGGCGCGCGAGCGUCCCGUGACCCCUUCGAUCAAGAAUGCGCCGCUGACAGCAUCGUCCGACAACCUUCGGCUUCAAUCCCCUCGAGGGGCGUCGUCGCUGCCAACCCCGCCGAAUGUCCUUCCAGUGCAUCAGUAGAUAAACCCAUGCGUCAUAAUGCACAUCGGUCAAGACUACGCAUAAGUACUUACUAGUAGUACUUACUAGUGCAAAAUAUAUCAUGAAAUCCAGAAAUAUCCAAAGAAUUUUGAAUAAUAUUGGGCUUUGUGUGCA